AUGUCAGCCGUAGAAGUUGAGGCGAAUGACCAGGUUAUCACUGGCAAGGUUCUUGUUUCUUCCAUUCCUACUUUAUCACUCUUUGACUCUGGAGCUUUCCAUUAUUUCUUGUCUCUUCGAUUUGCGGGUGUCCAUUCUCUUCCUAUAACUCCUCUAACUACAGGCUGGAAUAUCAACACUGGCAGUGGUGUCUUAAUAGCAUCCAGUGGUUAUGAAGCAUGCCCUAUGGUCAUCUGCGGGAGGGAACUCUUUUCAAACUUUAUGGUGAUUGAUUUGCCGAGUUUUGAUGUAGUAUUUGGGAUAGAUUGGUUGGGGACAUUCUUUGCCACCAUUGAUUGUUGUUGUCGGAGCGUAGUAUUUGAGAUACCGGAUCACCUGAGGUUUGAGUUCCUCAGUGGCAGCACAUCGACCAGACCUGUAGAGUACAGAGCUAGACAGAAGAAGGCGAUGUUAGCUACAAUGCAAGUGGAACCCGAGAAACCAGAUGUAGUUCGAGAAUUUGAAGAUUUGUUUCCCGAUGAUAUUUACGGAUUGCCACCGGAUCGAGCAAUUGAGUUUUCCAUAAAUUUGAAGCUUGGAGUUGCUCUGAUCUCCAAGACCCCUUAUCGUAUGCCUUCGACAGAGUUGGCCGAGCUUCGGACUCAGUUGGAUGACCUCUUGUAG